AUGAGGUACUAUGCCAAGAUGGAUAACACACUCUCCACCCCGUUCGGAUCCGAUAUUAGCAUUCUUGCUAGUGAUGGGACCUCCCCAAGUGUCUGGGACUUCUUUGGGUCUGACUUUCGGCCUUGCCCCCAUCCAGACGAUGUUCAUUUUGGAGAUCACCAGAUCCUGAAUGUAGAGCAUGCCGAUGAUGGCGUACUAUGGUCUACUUCUCCAGCAGGCAUCCAGAUGCACUGCAACGACUAUGGUCCUUGGGCAAGCAAGAAGGGCUUGCUGACUAAUUUUGAAGAAAGCAAGGUACCUAUGCUUGCACUCCGGUCUAUGGCUGCUCUCAUGCUCACGCACUGCCUCUGUUACAGGCAUUGA